GAAUGAAAAUGGUUGGGCAGUGUGUGAAAAGUGAAGCACCCCAAAAAGCUCUCUCUAAAACCUUUUGCAUUUCUCUUCCCCUCAUUUGUUCAUCACUUUCCUAAUCAAUUUGUUUCAAAAAGUCAAGAAUCCAUUGCCUUCUUCUUCUUUUUCUUCUUCUCUCUCUGUCUCUUAUGGAAGUCUCUCAUUUUUCAUACAGAAACAGUGGCCAACUCCACCAAAUCCCCGCGUUUGGAGACUGGGACAAGGCCAACGACUGGCCGAUCACUCAGUAUUUCGAGAGCGCUCGUCAAGCCGGUUUGAUUCGCUACAGUUCCUCCUCUGGCGAAAGCGGCCCCUGCCUUCCUCCUUCCGACUUGUACUCCGCCGAUCCGAAGAAACCUCCGCCCCUCGCCACCGCAACCGCCGCGCGCAAGGGACGGUUGAGGGAAAAACGGUAUCCGCAUGUGGGAUUAAAGGACCACCAGAUUCCAAUGAUGAAACAGCAAGGGAGAGCGUUGGAGGCGAUGGAAAUGGGAGGAGCGCGAAAAUUGAAGCAAAACGACGUGCCCAUCCCGCGUCCUCCGCCUAGAUCUAAUGCCAGACCGCCCAAACCUGUUGACGAAGAUCUCUACAAAAUCCCUCCACACCUACUCCAUUCUUCUAAGCGGAACAAAAUGAAGGGCCUGUUUUCAAGGUGUUUAGUACCAGCUUGCAACUGAGGUAUAUCCAUUGUGGGUCAACAGUAUUAGGAAAUUGUUAAUCUAUCAUUAUAUAAUACCCUCCUUGUUAUUUGAUUUUAUUAUUUUUAAUUUUAUUAGUUUUAAAGAAAUAGAAAGAGAAUAGAUUGGAUGAGUUGGUUGUUCUAA